CCCGUCUCCUGGCUGUUCUUCCCCUCUCCCCACACGCUUCUCCCUCGUCAGGUCGAUCGUUUCUGAUCGAGGUCUCCGAUCGACGUCGAGAUCAUGGCUGCCUGUGGUGGCUUGACUUCGCUGUUCGAGAAGCCAGUGCCGGAGAAGCCGACGCUGAUCGAGUCCUUGUCGUCAUGGAACCAGAUCAUGUCCAAGAAACCAGUGGACAAUGCCCGCUUCACAGAGAUCCUCGGCGAGCUCCGUUUCCAGGAGAAGCCCGCGCCGCCUCCGGCUUCAAUCCAUCAAACGGUACCUCCCCCCGUCGCGGUGGAUCGAACUCUGUCCUUCGACUUGUCCGAUCUCUGCCAAGAGAAAUGCGCCAGCCACUCGUCCUUCCAUGCGCUUCUUGGCCUGCCCAACAACCAAUACGUGUGCUCCGCAUUCGCAAGGUGCCACGACGGCUUUCCCCCGAAGAACUCCGACAAGCUGCAGCUCUGCACCGAGAGGCUCGGGUCGGAGAGCUCCGACGACGUCGACGACCUGAUCGAGGAGGACGUCGAUGACUGGAGCAGUGAUCAAUGGAAGGAGAAGAUGGAUGCGGAAAGGCGAGCCCUCGCCAACGGUGGGAUGUCGGGAAACUGUUCCGACGUGAGGACGAGGACAGGCGGCUUUCCGCCACCGGUGUCUUCCAUCGGCAAGAGUGGCAGGCCAUGGAUCUACUACCAAUCCUACAGGAAGGACGGGAGGUUUGUUCUGACGGAGAUCAGGAUCCCAACUCAGGAGUUCUUGCGUGCUUCUCGCCAAGAUGGCCGACUUACGCUGCAGCUAGUCCAUCCGGAUGGGGACAUCGCUGAAGGAGAUGAAGGCGCAGGCGAGAACGAAGAAGAGGAAGAUGAGAAGACAAAGUUAAGCCAAGGCAAUGAUCAUUAAUACAUAUGAUUAGUCCAUGUUCAUUACUUGUUUCCUUGCCCACUCAUAGGGAUUCCCGAGGUAGUUUCCUUCCUUCCUUCCUUCCUUCCUUUUGCAGAAAAAGAGAAAUCACAGGCAAAAAAGAAAGAAAAAGGAGACAUAAUUAACAUUCUUUAUGCUUUUAUUCAUUUAGAUGUUUGUAGUCAGAAUUGAGGAGAAUAAAAGUGUUUUGGUCCUCUUGGAAAGACAAGGCUGAGGCAGGCAUCGAGGUAGAGUGCCAAGUGCACUCACUGCUAGAUUUGUGAAAAGUAGGAGGCACCAAGAAAAAUUGCAGAAAGAAAAUGUUUAGAUUUGACUCAUAUAAUUUCUGUGUUGGCACAGUCAGCUGUCAAAUAAAUAAGAUGAAAAGAGGUUUGCAUGACUUCAAAUUGCUUUCUUGUGUUUUCUAAUUUCAAUUUACAUUAGCUUUUUUUGCAGAGGAUGGAUAUCAUAACAAGUGAUUGGUAAGUUUUGUAAGUACAUUAAAGAAAUGCUUCAUAUCUGUGCUUCUUGUCUUCAAAAGAACAGAACAGCAGAGUGAUCCGAGUGUUCUUUUGUGGACAAAAUGGACUGCAGAAAAUGAAAUGGUGAUCAGGCAAUGAGCUUCAAGAGUGGGAUACUGAUGACAAUAUCUUUCCGGUCAUGCAAGAUCCAAACUUUUAGCUUGCAGAUGAUGUUUUAAGCUGAUAACAUCACAGCAAGCAGAGAGCAGGAUGGAAAGAUAGAUAUUGUGAUGGCAGUCUGGAAGAGAAAUCAUCUCUGAGAAGACCAUGAAUUCAAGAUUUACACCAAUGCUUGUGCCAUACACUCUUUCAAUUCAUUUUGUGAUGUUCACAGGGAUCCCAUGAUAGCCAUCACAAGAGAACCAAGUCAAGUAAAGAAGUAUUCAGCAUUUUGCAGGAAAAAAGAAGCAA